AUGGAGGAUCCCACACUGGCCAAAUCAACUGCCUUUCUGGAAAUGGAAUCUUUCACAGAAGAAAGCAAAACUGUUGUGCCAGAAAAAUAUCGCUUUGGUUGUUGUCGAAAUGUUAUCGAAUUUGAAAAACUCAAUAGAAUUGGCGAAGGAACGUAUGGAGUUGUCUACCGAGCAAAAGAUACCAAGAGUAACACCAUUGUUGCAUUAAAGAAAGUCCGUAUGGAAGAGAAAGAGGGUCUGCUGAUCAGUGGUCUUCGAGAGAUUGACUUAUUAUUGGACAUCCAGCACCAUAAUAUUGUCCGCUUACAUGAAGUAGUGGUUGGCAACCAUCUUCAGAGCAUAUUUUUAGUCAUGGAGUAUUGUCACCAUGAUUUGGCAUCGCUAUUGGAUAAUAUGAAAACACCGUUCACGGAGGCGCAAGUCAAGUGCUUGAUGUUGCAAUUAAUGAAAGGUGUUGAGUAUCUACAUACAAAGUUUAUUGUACAUAGAGAUUUGAAAGUUUCCAACCUGCUGAUGACAGACAAGGGUGUUUUAAAAAUAGGUUGGUUGCACUUCUGAAAUCUGUUUUUAUAAGCAAUCUUCAGCAAUUUCUUAAAACCUUAUAAACUAUUCCUAGCUAAUCCUUACAAUACUAAUAAUCCUAACCUAAUUUGUAUUGUACUAGUAAUUCUUGGAUAUAUUGUGUUACCCAGUAUUUUUUUGAAAUUAAUUAUUAACUUUUGUUGUAUUUUUAGCUGACUUUGGUCUAGCCAGGAAGUUUGGCUAUCCUCUGAAACCAAUGACGCCAAUUGUUGUUACACUUUGGUACAGGGCGCCAGAGUUGUUGCUAGGUGCUAAGGUUCAAACCGCAGCUGUAGACAUCUGGGCUUGCGGUUGUAUCUUGGGUGAGCUUCUAGACAGUAAACCUUUAUUACCUGGAAGGUCAGAGAUUCAUCAAUUGGAGUUAAUUAUUAACCUUCUUGGUACUCCAAACGACAAUAUCUGGCCAGGAUUUUCCAAUUUAUCUGUUGCAAAGAACUUUACGCUAAAGCGGCAACCAUAUAACAAUUUAAAGCAUCGUUUCUCAUGGCUAUCGUCUGCUGGACUGUCAUUGUUGAAUCAAAUGUUUAUGUACGACCCUGGGAAAAGAGUGUCUGCAUCUGAAUGCAUGGAAAGUUCUUAUUUUUGUGAAAAUCCACUUCCAGUUCAAGCCGAUAUGAUGCCUACCUUUCCAGAACACAGAAAUUUCAAGGCAAAGACAGUUCCUGAAAAGGGAAAGCGAGAACAUGCUGAUGCAAAAUUUGGGUCUGUUUUUGAUAGGACUAGCAAAAAGAAAAAAGAUAAUAAAUAA